AUGGCUUCUCAUGAAUCGGCUACGCUUAAGAUAAUGAGGCUCAUAGAGCCUAAUUUGGACACCAAUUGUGCUGAGCUUUUGGAUAUUUCUGAUUGCAUCCAGGCUAUAGACCCUAGUUAUAAAUCACCAGAAAAACCGAAUAGUCAUUUCCCAAUUCUCAGGAUUCCUUCCUACUCUAACGAGGUUCUGCUCGGAGAGACUUUACACAUGACCUUCAUUCUGGGAAACAACAGCAAUGCAAAGUUAUGCUCUCUUUUUUUAAAGGUUGAGAUGGUCAUGGAGGACGAAGAAGUUUCUUCAACAUGUACUAUAUUUGAGAAUUUAGAACUUGAGCCCAAAUGUAAACCAUUAGAAUCGCAUUAUUCAUAUCUUUUUGAAAAAGUUUCCAACUAUAGAAUGACUUGUUCGGUUGAGUACUCUACGCCCAAAGGGCCUCAUGUACUCAAGAAGAUGUUCAUUUGGAACUGUAUAGACCCAGUUGAGCUUUCCCACUCUUUAAUUACACUGCCUGACGGCUUGAGUCACGUGGAAACUAGGGUUAAUAACAAGUCGAAGACGAUUUUGGUUAUAAAGGAAAUAAAGCUUGAGGACAGAGGAUCAAAAGUAUUCUAUUCUCCACUCGUGGAGUUAAAUAAGGAUAAUAUUUGCCUACUAAGGCCUGAUGAAACAGCCGCUAUUAUUUUCCCGAAUGUUCAGAUAUACCGUUCAAAAUCUGAUACUACAGACAAAGGCCUUUACUUGAACUUGGACUGGCACUCUUAUACUAACACUUCUGGAACCAACGUGUACGAGGUUAAUCUUCCACAAGAGUCUGAUUUGUUCUAUAAAAUUGUAAACUUCCCCAAAAGCGUUAAGGUCAAUGAACCGUUCAACACAAAUAUAUACUUGAAAAAUCUUACUAAGGAUCCCAUGACCAUAUCCGUGAGUUUUAAUAGCACAAACAGUUUCUGUCUCCAGAACGAAAAGACCCAGACCAUAAACCUGGAUGAUACGGAAACUGUUUACCUGCCUCUAGUUCCACUAGCCACUGGACUUCACCAUCUUACAGGGAUUGAAAUACACCGUAACCAAAAGGUGUACAAUGUAGACGAUUUGCAGAUUCUAGUAACCGAAUAA